CAUUUUAUUCUGAAAUCUCAGCGGAAGUACCGGCCGUGUCCUCCUCCUGCUCCCUAUUGGCGGUUUUCGGUACCGGUCAGUCGGAGGUCCGUGGCCCCGUUACUUUGCUGUAGAACAGUUCUGUAGAACCGCGCGGUUCUUCCGUGGCGGAGCGGUGAGGUUCUAGCGGAGGAAGGAGAAGGACUAACCCGCGAUCCACAAACCAAACGUCCAGAAGAACAAGAUGGUUCAAAGGAAGGAUGGCGUGACGGCGUGAUGUGUGGACAUGGAGGAGGCGGGGCACAGCCACUACGUGGCCCAGCUGAAGGCGGAGUUUGACGGCUGUGAUACCACGGCGACGGGCUUCCUGGACCGAGACGAGCUGACAGAGCUCUGCAGGAGGCUUCAGCUGGACGCUCAGCUGCCGCUGCUGCUGCACACGCUGCUGGGAGAGCGCACGCACGGCAGGGUGAACUUUGAGGAGUUUGAGGAGGCCUUCGUUGAAGUUCUGUCUCGUUCUCUGGACCUGAACACCUCAGAGGAUGACAGCAGCUACCUGGACUCAGCUGUAUUUGAAGAGAUGAAGCCUAAAUUUGUGAAGGGGGCGAAGCGUUAUGGGCGGCGUUCUCGCCCCGACAGUGAAGCGCUGACCUGUGACUCUGAGGACUCGCCGCCAUCCAAAAACGAGGCCACAGACUCGUCGGCGUCCGGCGUCCGCCGAGCCAAACAGAGACGCAGCACGAGUCUGGAGAGCGUGGAGAGCCUGAAGUCGGAUGAGGACACAGGAAGUCAGAGGAACAUCCAGCCUCCCUUUCAGAGUAAAGGAGAGGAGGAGCAGCUGGAGGCUGGAGGAGGCGAGGGUCUCCUGACUGAUCACCUGUCUCUGCAGCACCUUCACUCUGAGGACAUGAACGGACGUUUCUGCAGGACUGAAGCUCAGCUGGACGGCGGCGUCAGCAUCACUGAGUUCAGGAGGUUCCUGAGCAGCUCCAGCCCCGCCUCCAGGUCCACCCCGAAAAGAGGAGCUGACCUUCAGAGGGCGCCACACUGGUCCCAGGCGCCGCUGGAGGAGCGGCCGGCCCGCUCCGCCGCCCCCUCCCUGCUGACGGCCACCGUGGGUCAGAGGGUCCUCAGCCGGCUGGAUGACGGCUCAGGGUGCACCAGCCCAGAGCGAGUGGCGGCUCUGUGGACGGAGGAAGGCAUCCAGAACAGCAGGGACAUCCUGCAGACUCUGGACUUCUCCCUGGAGGAGCGUCUCAGCCUGGCAGACCUCACUUUGGCGUUGGACAACGAGCUGCUGGUCAGCGGAAACGGGAUCCACCAGGCGGCGCUCAUCUCCUACAAGAACGAGAUCCAGCUGCUGCAGGAGGCGGCGGAGCAGGCCUGUCGGGAGCGGGACAAGCUGAGGGCAGACCUGGAGGAGGCGGACCACAGGAACCUGCAGCUGGUCCGGGAGGUCGACGACCGGCACGCCAGCAUGGAGACGCUGAACCAGAGCAAGAUCCGAGAUCUGGAGCAGGACUUCCGGGACAGGCUGACGACGCUUCGCUGUGAGGCGGAGCUCGAGAGCGAGGCGCAGCUGCAGCUGGGGGAGCAGGAGCGCCGCGCACUGCAGGAGGAGCUGCAGCUGCUGCGAGCGCAGGAGGCGGAGCUACAGGAGGAGCUGCGUCACGCCGCUCAGGAGAACCGGCGUUUGGAGGAGGAGCUUCGCACUCUGAAGGAGAAGCUGACCGAAGCGGAGACUUCCACAAACAGACUGCAGGCAGACCUGAGCCAGCUGCUGCUCCACAAGUUUGGAGGUUUGGACCCGGCCGGUUCUGCUCUGAGUCACGAGGAACGAGUCUCUGAGCUCAUCAAGGAGUAUGAGCUGCAGUGCAGGGUGCUGCAGGACAAGAACGAUGAGCUGAGUCUAGAGUUGGAGAUCCUGAAGAACCGAAGGAGGAGACGGGAAGCAGGAGACGCCUCGGCUCCGAGCUGGAAGCAGCAACAUGAGGAGUCUGACGACUUGGACAUGAACCGCAGCUCAUCCCCUCCUGUGACGCAGCCGGACCAAAAACCCGCGCCGGACGGCGCCGCCGGUCCGACAGUCAGCAUCCAGACGGAGCUGGCUGUGGAGCAGCUGCAGCAGAAACACCGGCAGGAGCUCCAGCAGCUCAGCAUCCAGCUGGAGACGCAGAUGAACUUCUACGAGCGCAGUCUGGAGAAGAUGAGGGAGAGCAUGGAGGUGGAGCGCAAGGACAUCAGCCAGGCCUUCAAGCUGGAGAUCAGUGAGCUGGAGGAGCAGAAGACUCAGCUGGAGCAGGAGGUGAAGCAGCUGAAGGCAGCGCUGGACCGACUGCAGAAACAAACUCUGCACGGCGGAGGAGGAGGGUGGAGCAGCGAGCAGGAGCGUAGGAUGCAACGGGAGCGCGCCGAGCUCGAGCAGAACUUUGCCAGAGAAAUCGGCAAUCUGGUCCAAAGACUGAGCAGCGAGAAGGAGCAGCUGGAGGCGGAGCUAAAGCUGAAGAUGGACCAGGAGGUGAUGGCUGUCAAAACCCAGCUGGAGGAGGUCCGGUUCGAUAACCAAGCUCUGCAGGAGAGACUGAGCGUUCUGCAGCACCAGGUCCAGAAUCUGGAGGAGGAAGUCUCCAAGAAGAGGAGGAGGCUGGAGGAGCUGGAGCAGGAGCAUCAGAGGAGCAGAGAGGAGGAGGAGCGCCUUCACAAGGAGAACUCCAGGUGCCGGGAGGAGGUUCUGGAUCUGAGCAGCAGGAACCUGAAGCUGAGCAGCGACAACGGCGAGCUGAGCGCUCGGCUCCGCCAGGAGCAGGAGUCGCUCCAGAAGCUGCAGGAGGCGAUGACGAGGACGUCCAAGCAGGAGGAGGAGGAGGUGCGGCGGCUGCAGGAGGAGGUGAAGCGGAAGGAGCAGGAGGAGCUGCAUCAGCAGGAGGCCUGGAGGGAGGAGAGACGCCGGCUAGAGGAGCAGCUCAGCUCCUCUAGGGAGAAGCUGAAACUUCAUCAACACUUGGAGGCGGAGCUUAGCAGUCUGACCAUGAAGGUGCAACUCCUGCAGGAGGACAAGGAGCAGCUUCAGAAAGCUGCAGUCGGCAGACAGGAGCAGCUGCUCGCUGUCAAACAGGAGGCGGAGCUUCUCCGCUCUCAGCUUCACACCGUCACUCAGGAGAAAAUUGGCCACGCCCAGGAAGUUGUUGAGCUGAGGAGGAAGCUGCUGGAGGUCCAGAGCCAGGUGGAGGAGCAGCACGGACAAACCCGGAGGCUGCAGGAGCAGGAGGAGGAGCUGCACAGACUGAUGGUCCAAAACCAGCAGCUCCAGGAGCAGGUGUCUGAGCUGCAGGUCCAGGAGCUGCAGGUCCACAAACUGAGCCAGGACCAGCAGAACCUGAGGACCCGACUGAGCCAGGCGGAGGCGGCCCGGACUCAGGCUCUGGAUCAGGCGGCACAGGCCGAUGCGGCUCUCGCCCUGCUGCAGGGGCAGCUGCAGCGGCAGAAGCACCAGGAGGGAGGCGGCCUCAGGGAGCGGGCGGAGCUCCUCCAGGUGCAGCUGGACGCGGAGGAGAAGAGGAGCCGGCAGCUGGAGGAGAACCUGAAGCUGCAGGUGCAGCAGAGCAGAUCUCAGUUCAGCAUGAAGCAGGAACAGUACGAGAAGGCGAUGUCCGCCCUGCAGCAGCGAGUGGACGACUUGGAGGUCAAGCUGAAAGGAGUCCGUCUGGUUCUGCAGGAGAAGGUCCAGGAGCUCCGAGAGCAGCUGGUGAAGAGCAGCAAGGCGAGCGCGCUGCUGAAGGACGCGCACGCGGAGAACGCGCAGCUUAUGAUGGCGCUGCAGGUCACCGAGCGCCGCCAGAAGCUGGCCGAGAGGAGGAGCGUCCUCCUGGAGGAGAAGGUGGGAGCGCUGCACCAGCUGCUGCGGGACAUCGUCCCCGCCGCGCUCGCCACCUGACCGCCACAGAACUCUUCUGUUUCACAAACGUGCACCUUGGGUCACACCUGAACCGCACAGGUGAGGUUCUGAGGACAAAUCAUGGACCGAAUCACAUCCUGCUGUUUAUCCAUCACCUGAAGUGGUCACACCUCCACCUGCCCUCAGCUCACCUGACAAUCUUCCUGGAGUUUUAUUUUCCAGACUGUCCCUGAAUGCACCACAGCAGGAGGGAUCAACUACCUACAUUAAGACGGGACACCUGGAGGUCUGGUCCAUUUUCUAAAGCUUUCCUGAAUCUCUGAUGUUUUUCCCCUCAUGAUGGGGAGGCGGGGCUUAGCAGCAUGUGGGUGGAGCUUCCACCCCUCUCCCCAAACAUGCACCUUUGUUUGCACCUGUUCAGGUGCAGCCAAUCAGAACUCACCUUGGACCAAAGCUAAUAAAUGGUUUUUAAUCA